GCAUUCAGCGGGCGCGCGGGCGGCGGGCACCUCAGUCCCGGCUGCUGCGGCCCCUGAGCGGACCGGAGCGGCAGGUCGCCGCGGCUGAGGCGGACCGAGGCAGACCAGGUGGAGGAAGGGAUCGCCGGUGCACACCCGCCCGCCAUGAAGCCCCCCGCAGCCUGUGCCGGAGAUGCCCUGGACACAGCGGCCCCGUGCUCCGAGGUGAACUACCUGCGGUGGGACCUGAGCGCCCAGCAAAUAGGGGAGCUCACUGUGGAGCUCAUCGAGCAAACCAAGCGUGUAUAUGACCAGGUGGGCUCCCAGAAGUUUGAAGACGUGUCCUACGAGAGUACCCUCAAGGCGCUGGCUGACGCGGAGGUGUCCUACACAGUUCAGAGGAAUAUCCUUGACUUCCAGCACGUCUCUCCAUCCAAGGACAUUCGGACGGCCAGCACAGAGGCAGACAAAAAGCUGUCUGAAUUUGACGUGGAAAUGAGCAUGAGGCAGGAUGUGUACCAGAGGAUUGUCUGGCUGCAGGAAAAAAUCCAGAAGGACUCGUUGAGGCCAGAGGCAGUGCGGUACCUGGAGCGACUGAUCAAGCUGGGCAGAAGGAAUGGGCUCCACCUGCCCAAAGACACUCAGGAGAAAAUCAAGAGCAUCAAGAAGAAGCUGAGUCUCCUGUGCAUCGACUUCAACAAGAACCUGAACGAGGACACGACCUUCCUGCCGCUCACUCGAGAGGAGCUGGGAGGGCUCCCGGAGGACUUUUUGAACUCACUGGAAAAGGCUGGGGAUGACAAGUUGAAAGUCACCCUCAAGUACCCACAUUACUUUCCCCUCCUGAAGAAGUGCCAUGUGCCGGAGACCAGAAGGAAGGUGGAGGAGGCCUUCAACUGUCGGUGCAAGCAGGAGAACUGUGCGAUCCUCAGAGAGCUGGUGUCCCUGCGGGCCCAGAAGUCCAGUCUGCUGGGGUUCAGCACGCACGCCGACUACGUCCUGGAGAUGAACAUGGCUAAGAGCAGCCAGGUGGUGGCCACGUUCCUAGACGAGUUGGCCCAGAAGCUGAAGCCCCUCGGGGAGCAGGAGCGGGCCGUGAUCCUGGAGCUGAAGAAGGCCGAGUGCGAGAAACGGGGCCUGGACUUCGACGGGCGCAUCAACGCCUGGGACAUGCGCUACUACAUGAACCAGGUGGAGGAGACCCGCUACAGCGUGGACCAGAACCUGCUCAAGGAGUACUUCCCCAUGCAGGUGGUCACCAAGGGACUGCUCAGCAUCUACCAGGAGCUGCUAGGGCUGACCUUCAACCUGGAGGAGAACGCCACCGUGUGGCACGAAGACGUGAAGCUGUACUGCGUGAGGGACUCGGCCUCCGGGAAGGUCAUCGGGAAGUUCUACCUGGACCUUUACCCGAGGGAAGGGAAGUACGGGCACGCGGCCUGCUUUGGCUUGCAGCCGGGCUGCCUGCGGCAGGACGGGAGCCGCCAGAUCGCCAUCGCGGCCAUGGUGGCCAACUUCACCAAGCCCACCCCGGAUGCCCCCUCCCUGCUGCAGCACGACGAGGUGGAGACCUACUUCCAUGAGUUUGGGCACGUGAUGCACCAGCUCUGCUCUCAGGCGGAGUUCGCCAUGUUCAGCGGGACGCACGUGGAGCGGGACUUCGUGGAGGCACCUUCACAGAUGCUGGAGAACUGGGUGUGGGAGAAGGAGCCGCUGCUCAGGAUGUCCCAGCACUACAGGACAGGCGACACCAUCCCCCAGGAGCUGCUCGACAAGCUCAUCAAGUCUCGGCAGGCCAACACAGGUCUCUUCAACUUGCGCCAGAUCGUCCUGGCUAAGGUGGACCAGGCCCUGCACACCCAGACGUCUGCAGACCCAGCUGAGGAAUAUGCCCGCCUCUGCCAGGAGAUCCUUGGGGUCCCAGCCACACCAGGGACCAACAUGCCUGCGACCUUCGGCCACCUGGCAGGUGGCUAUGACGCCCAGUACUAUGGCUACCUGUGGAGCGAGGUGUACUCCAUGGACAUGUUCCACACGCGCUUCAAGCAGGAGGGCGUCCUGAACGGCAAGGUCGGCAUGGACUACAGGAGCUGCAUCCUGAGACCUGGCGGCUCCCAGGACGCCAGCGUCAUGCUGAAGCUCUUCCUGGGCCGAGACCCCAAGCAGGACGCCUUCCUCCUGAGCAAAGGGCUGCAGGUGGACAGCAGCGAGCCGCCGGCCUGCUGACACGCCAGGGCUCCGAGGGCCCCAGGCCGCGGGCUCAGCCCCGCCCCAGCUCCCGCCGCCCGGGAAACGGGGUGCUUGCUGCUCAGGGUGGGGGCGGGGGUGGGGCGAGGAGAGGCGCCGUUCGCCCUCCCUGUUCGUUCCCCGCGUCCGGUCUCCACAGGCCGCCCUCGGUGGCCGGCCCGGGCUGGCGAGGUCUUCUCAAGGUGCCUGGACAACUCUGAGCAGUCGAGCCCGCCGCUUUGUUGCACUGACCCGGCCCUUCCCGGGAAGUUUUCUGAGUGAAAAAUGGUUCUUUGAAAUGCAGCCAUUAAAAAGAAAAAAAAAGAAAAGAAAAGAGCGAGA